CAACCCCUAAUUUUGACAUUUUCUCUUUCAGGUGGAAAUAAGGAUAACAUCAGAGCAGGGUGCAAGAAGUGUGGCUACCCUGGUCAUCUGACAUUUGAAUGUCGAAACUUCCUCCGAGUAGAUCCUCAAAGGGAUAUCGUUUUAGAUGUUAGCAGCACUAGCAGUGAAGACAGCGAGGAGGAAGAACUACAGAGAUUGCAAGCCAUGCGUGAAAAAAAGAAUUUAAACGAGGAGGAAGAGAAAAAGAAACAAAAAAGAAAAAGCAAAGAAAAAAUGAAAUUAAAGAGGCCAAGGAAAAGAUCUUCCUCAUCAAGUGCAGCUGAAGAGGAUGGGCCAAAGUCAAAAAAACAAAAAUCACACAAAAAAGAAAGAGAAAAGGAAAAAAAAAAUAAAUCUAAGAAAGGAAAACAUCAUAAAAAAGAGAAAAAGAAGAGACAAAAGGAAAAAAGUUCAUCUUCUGAUAGUUCAGACAGUUCUAGUGACUGA